AUGUUUAAUUGUUUUAUAUGUACAGAAAAUACAUUUUCAACUAUCAAUCUCUAUAUUUGGCAUUUAAAAGUUUUCCAUGAUUUAGGGUCUCAGUCUAUGUUUACAUGUAAACAACCAAUUUGUUUUAGAGAUUUACUCGGAUUGGAAAAAUUUAGGCAACAUUUAAAAAGAAAUCAUAUGUUAGAUACUUUAAAUAAUCAUUCCAAUGAAUAUAUUGACGAAAUUUUUACUGAUCAACUAAACACAAAUGUUUUUGACCAACACAAAGUUAAAUCUACAAUAUCUGAUAGUGAAGACACUUUUAAUCAAAAUUCUAAAAAUGGUACAAAUUUUAAAGAUGUUGUAACAAAUAUUAUCUUAAAAUUUAUUUCUAAUUUAUAUUUAAUACCAAAUUUAACUAGCUUAUUAAUACAAAAUAUAAUUGAAGAAGUCAGUCAAUUAUUUUCAAAUGAUAUUAUAUCAAUUUUAAAAAGUAGUAUUUUACCUCUGUUAACUAAUUGUUCUGAAAAAUCUGAAAUAAAUGAUAUGUUUGUGGUUCUUGAAAAUGCAUUUAUGGAUUUUAAAAGUGAAUAUUUAAGAGUUAAAUAUUUUGAAACCAACAAUAUCUUUUUUAAGCCUAAAACAAUUGUUGUUGGCCAUACAAAACAAAAAAUCCGAUGUAGAAAGGUAUGUAGAUGGUACCUGUUCAAGCACACUUACUUUCACUAA